AUGAGGCAGAGAGAACUGUUAGAAUUCAGGACACCCCAACACCCAUCUUUAGGCACUAACAACUGGGGUGGUGCUUCUCCAUUGUUAGCCAGAGACAUACCCCAGGAGUCCCUCGAACAAAGGUACUUGAGGCUUAACACGAUUCGAACUCGAGACGAAAUCUUUCCCAGUGGGAAAGAUGACUUCUUCAGCAUGUCUAAGAUUGAAGCAGCUAAAUUUCAAUGUCCCCCGACACCAAGCCGUAGAGGUUUUUUGUUCAAAUUGAUAUGGAGACGAAAAGAGAGCGCCACCUUGGGUUCCAAUUCGAAGAAAAAGAAGAAAUGGUUCCCGAGAUGGGAUCCGAAAAAUAGAUGGCCUCAAGCUGAUCACCGGUCUCUCACUCUCACCUCUCCAUCAGUAACUCCUCCACCUCCCUCACUAUCAUCUCUCCCUUCACUGUGUUCGCCGUCACCGACCACUUCCAGACCCACCACAGCUUACAACCGGCCCAAAGGAACGCUGUCGGUGAUAUGCACCCACGACCUCGCCACCACCCCAUCUUGAAGCACUCGUGCCCUAAACCUAUCUACCAUCACCACUGCUCUUGUGCAUUCGAGCCACCCAUAAACCUCCACCACAACCUAGUGCAGUCCCAAAAACCACCGUCACUUUUCAAAAUCACAGUCCAUUCAUAAACCCUCAUCAAGACCAUUAUAAAUCUCGAACCAGCGCACCCACCCCCUGCAGCGGCCACCACUUUGAAACUUUCGAUGGAUUCGUCCCCAUAACCCCCAAUUCAUCAAGACCACCACACACCUCGAAGCAGCACACUGCCUGCAAGUCCUUCAAUUUGGAUAAUUUGCAUCUAGUUUCUUCAAUUUCUUCGCUGAGUUCUUUGAAUUUCUUCAACAACAUGGAAUUGGUUUGAAAUUGUAUGAGAUUAUGCCUGCCGGU